AUGCGAGAGUCAUUUACUAUCCACCCGGCGGACUAUGCUGUUUGUGGGGUUACCACGGCCUUAUCUCUAGGGAUAGGAUUUUACCAUGCCUUGGCUAAAGGUGGCCAAAACUCUACCUCCAAAUACCUGGUUGGUAACCGUGACAUGGGCUUGAUCCCGGUGUCCUUCUCUCUCGUUGUGACAUACAUGUCCUCUAUAUUCGUGUUGGGGUCUCCCGCAGAGGCCUACGUUUACGGUGUUCCGAACGUCCUGUCUUUCUCGCUGGUUAUCCUAUUUUCUAACGCACUGGCCGCCUGGAUAACCGUACCGCUUCUACAUCCGCUCAACAUCACCAGUGCUUACGAGGGAGGCUUUAAAGCGGUGAUAUGGACGGACGUCUUCCAGAUGAGUAUUAUGGUGUUCGGGCUUCUGGCAAUUGUGAUCAAGUGCCUUGUGGAUAUGGAGAGCAUACGUGACUUCUGGGACUACAAUGUCGCUGGCAAAAGGAUCAGAAACUUUACAGUGCUGAUGCUGAGCGUGCCCGGGUUCUACUUGCUAGCCAUUUUGGCUGCCAUGCAAGGAUUCGCAGCGUACGCGUAUUACACCAAUAAGAGAUGUGAUCCUUUCGAAGAGGGCGUCAUUACCAACUCUAAUGAGAUUCUGCCGUACUUUGUGAUGGAACUCUUCUAUAACCUGCCUGGAUUUCCCGGCAUCUUUCUGGCUGCGUUAUUCAGUGCCUCCCUCAGGUUAGUUCUGGACAGAUUCUGGUAUUUGGUCCUGGUGUCUGUUGGUGUCUCCUUCCUCAUUAUGAACAUCGGUGGUCCCAUCACGCAGAUAACAGGGAGUUUGUUGGGAUCAUUGAGCGGUCCCAACUGUGGGCCUGUUCGUUUUAGGAGCUUUCUUCCCGUGACGAAUGUGAAGGGUGUAAUAUCCGGUGCUGUUGCUGGUUUGGGAAUUACAUUUUGGAUUGCCAUGGGGGCCACAACUCUGAAGGUGCCAUGGUUACCUCCAGCCCCAAGUGACAUGUGUAAUGUGACAGACGCCUCAAACUUUACGUCAUCAGUCUGGUCUAACCAUUCGGUCCCGCCCAUACAAGAGGACUUCAUUAUCUGGACUGACACUCCCUACAAUGCCACUGGUCUGGCCAAAUUCUACUCUAUCUCAUACACGCUGUACACCUUGGUGGGAUUGUUGAUUACCAUGAUCGUGGGACUGGCAGUCAGCUUUCUAACAGGUCCAAAUAAAACAUCUGACGUCGAUCCCAAGUACAUAUCUCACGUGCUACGAAAGAUCUACUACGGUCCAGAUGUCAAAACUCAUUACGCUCACGAGCAAGAGAUGGAUGUGCCCGUCCCGGAAAAGACGGAGAAUUAUCCAAUGAAAUACUCACAAAAAGAAUCCCCAGAAGAUGGAACUUCAAACAUAAACUUUACAGAUGAAGAGGUGAAGGAAGCUACAGAACCUGGGAAAUGUAAUGUGAACGGAAAAGUGGACUAA